ACUGUGUGAGCUUUUGUGGAGGUUUUGAACUCUCCCUAUAGUUAAAAAGAAAAAGGCUGCAUGCUACUAAUGUUGUGAUCAUGAUUAUUUAUUUAUUGGAGGAUUUAAAAACUAUGGCAAAAAAAAGUAUUUGUAAGAUUUCCAGCCAUAUGCAUGAAUUUUGCUUCCAUGUGCAUGCAUGUGCUGAAUUACUGCUAUGAAGACGACUGUUGAUAAGAAUGCAUCAAUAUUGCAGACGGUCUCCCCUGGAGGAAAUAAAACCCAAAAGGCUGUGAUGUUUGCUAAAGGUCAUGUUUGCCAAACAGAAAACAGUCCUUCUAUCACCGGAGAAAGUCACCGAUUUUGGGCCUGAAAAUCAUCAACCGAGGAAGAGGACUCUCAGGUGUCACAGCAAUAGCGUCUCUGGUCGAGGCUCUCUGAAUAAAGAUGCACAUGGACUUGGACGGACAAAUCAGAUGACUCAAAAGAAGAGAAAGAAGUCCAGCCUCUGAUCUCAGGACCACAGUUUGUGAUGAUGUGAGUCCUAAGGUUGCAGAGACCAUUUUAAGACAUGGAGGUGCUUCUGUUUUGUGUUUGGAACCUAUUGAUAGAUGAACCUUGAUGUCAACAUGAGGUCAAAGAAACAGUAACCAUUUUGUUCCACUCACCUGACUUCUGUCAGCAUGCCAACACAGCAUAGAUGACUCACCCUUUAAAGAGACAUCACUGGGAACUAACAUUGUCUAACGAUGUAGCAGCUACAGGUGACUUGCAUGUGGCCCACGAUUCAAGACAGUCCAAUUUCAGUCAGUAUGGAAGUGCAAACAACCUCUCUGGUCUGGAUAUAUGUUAACAGUACAGAACAACUGAACACUUCGAAUGAGAACAACACAACAGAUUUGAUUGAAGACUCAGACAAAUACCAAUCUUACAUCAUUGGUCUCUUCCUGUCCUGCCUGUACACCAUCCUCCUCUUUCCUAUUGGAUUUAUUGGUAACAUCUUAAUCCUGGUGGUGAACCUGAACCACAGAGAGAAGAUGACCAUCCCCGACCUUUAUUUUGUCAACCUGGCUGUAGCCGACCUCAUCCUGGUGGCGGAUUCUCUUAUUGAGGUGUUCAAUCUGAACGAGAAAUAUUACGACUACGCUGUCCUCUGCACCUUCAUGUCCCUGUUCCUGCAGGUCAACAUGUACAGCAGCAUCUUCUUCCUCACGUGGAUGAGCUUUGACCGAUAUGUUGCCUUGGCCAGCUCCAUAAGCAGCCGCCCGCUGAGGACUAUGCAGCACGCCAAGCUCAGCUGUGGCCUCAUCUGGAUGGCUUCCAUCCUGGCCACCCUGCUCCCCUUCACCAUUGUGCAAACCCAGCACAGGGGCGAGGUGCACUUCUGCUUUGCCAACGUCACUGAGAUUCAGUGGCUGGAGGUUACCAUUGGCUUUUUGGUGCCCUUCUCCAUCAUUGGUCUAUGCUACUCUCUGAUUGGGCGAAUCCUCAUGAGGGCCCAGAAGCACCGUGGGCUGUGGCCACGGCGGCAGAAGGCCCUGCGCAUGAUCGUGGUGGUGGUUCUGGUGUUCUUCAUCUGCUGGCUGCCAGAGAACGUCUUCAUCAGCAUCCAGCUGCUGCAGGGCACAGCUGACCCAUCGCAGCAGACUGCUACCACCCUGUGGCAUGACUACCCACUCACAGGCCACAUUGUUAACCUGGCAGCUUUCUCCAACAGCUGCCUAAACCCCAUUAUCUAUAGCUUUCUAGGAGAAACCUUCAGGGACAAGCUGCGUCUCUUCAUUAAGCAGAAGGCCAGCUGGUCAGUAGUGAACCGCUUCUGCCACCACAGCCUCGAUUUACACCUCUCUGUCAGGGGCGAAGUGUCAGAGGUGUGACUAUCAAGAAGAGGGACAAUUGUUAUCAAACUAAGUCCAUUGAAUAUGGUAAAAAAAAUCUUCACAUCAAAGUGAUGUAUCACCCAGUGGGAUAUAUGACCUCAGCUUUCUUCACCUGUUAUUUAGCUUUGCCUCAUAGUUGUACAGUUAAACCCGCUCAAUUUCUGAACAAAAACAUAAGGCCACCAAGAAUGUACACUCAAAGAAGGAUGAAAAUGACUUGAUGUAUGCGUCCCCUCUUUGAAGUACAGCCAGCGGGCAAGUAUAACUAAUGGUCAGAUGAGUGUCAGAGGAGAGCAGCCUUUGUUUGAGACGGAUAAUAAUGAAAUCUAAUCAGACUGUUUCAUCUUUAACAGAGGGGUCAUUUCAGUUAAAACCCACAUGUAAUAUCACCUGGUUUAUGUGAAAAGAAAAACGUGCAUUUAUCAAGAAACUACCACAUACCAGCAUCCACAUCACCAUCACCAUCACAUCCCAUAACAAAAUGAAUGCACUCAUCUGUCAAGUGAAACCUAACAUCAAUCAAAUGUGAAAACAAUCCAGGACAUCAGUUAUGGAACGAUAUUGAAGAAAAACUAUAGCAAUGACUUGCUUUUUACUGUCCCUGUCUAAUAAAUAGUAAUAAUAAUAAUAUGGUGAAUGGGGUAAAAAAAAUGUAACUAAUAAAUAU